AUGUCGCGGACAAUUUAUUUAGCUUUUGAUUCGGCAAUUCAACGUUGCUUGAGAGUAUUUGAAUCAGGUGGUGUGGUUGCUUUGCCAACAGACACAUUAUAUGGCGUAGUCACUACUAUACCAAAUUCUGACAAACUUUAUAGGCUCAAACGUCGCAGUUAUUUCAAACCUCUCGGUCUAUUCAUUGCUAAUACCUUUGAAGUGCAGAGUAAUCAGUUGCAAAAAUUAUUACCAGGACCAGUGACAUUGAUUUUUGAGCGUUCUGCUGUUCUGCCGAGAGACUUUAACCCUAAUCACAGUACAGUGGGCAUUCGUAUCCCCGAUCACGAUUUUAUUCGUUCCCUUGCUCUUCACUUAAAUGAUAUUCCGCUUGCACAAACUAGUGCUAACAUUUCUAAUGCUCAAAAUAAUCCACUUUGUAUUGAUGACUUUACUGAUUUGUGGCCACAAUUGGACUUGAUUCGUCCUGAUGGUACACUAAAUUAUGAGGGUAGUACAGUAGUGAAUUUAAGCAUACCCGGUACCUUCAGUAUUGUUCGGGAUGGAUGGUAUGUUUAUUUAAUUUGA